AUGGCUUUCAUGAGAAAGAGUAGGUUCCGUCAUGUUUUCGGUAAGGCUAUGAAGCGCGACCAGUGCUAUGACUGUAUCAAAACCACUAAACAGUCGUGGGACCGCCCGUUUGCCGCCGUCAACCCUAAAUUCCUGGCUGUUAUUACCGAGUCUGCUGGUGGUGGGACUUUCCUCGUUCUGCCCCUAUCAAAGGUUGGUCGAGUGGAGAGAGAUAACCCCCAAGUUGCUGGACAUCAGUUGGCAGUGCUGGACAUUGCCUGGUGUCCUCACAAUGACAACCUUAUUGCUAGUGCAAGUGAUGACUGUUCUGUGAUGAUCUGGAUGAUUCCUGAUGCUGGCCUCGCAUCUAACAUGACUCACCCUAUUGUAGAGUUACGACAUCACCAGCGUAGGGUUGGCCUUGUCAUAUGGCAUCCUGUCGCAGCCAAUGUUCUACUAUCUGCAGGCUCCGAUAAUAAAAUCGUUAUUUGGAAUGCGGCAAAAGAAGAAGUCUUCUUGGAGAUAGAUGUGCCUGACCUCAUCUUUUCGGCAUCAUUCAACUUUGAUGGAAGCAAAGUUGUGACAACCUGUAAGGACAAAACUAUGAGGAUAAUUGACAGUAGAACAGGAGCGGUUGUCGCUGAAAACAAACCUCAUGAAAGCAGCAAACCAGCACAAGCUGUGUUCCUAAAAGAUGGUAGAAUCUUCUCAACUGGGUUUUCUCGUAUGAGUGAGCGGCAGUAUGCUGUGUGGGAUAAGAAUUUAAAAAAAAUGAGUAUGGAGGAAAUUGACAAUAAUAACGGCGUGCUGUUCCCUCAUUAUGAUCCAGAUUUAAACAUAAUGUUUCUCGCCGCUAAGGGAGACAGUAUUGUACGGUAUUACGAGAUCACAGAUGAGGCUCCGUAUGCCCACUACUUGAAUCUGUAUCAGUCAAAAGAUGCCCAGAGAGGGUUUGCCUACCAGUGCAAGCGUGGUGUAGACAUGAAAGCAUGCGAGAUUACAAAAAUGUAUAAAAUACACAAUAGCGGCUUAUGUGAAGUGAUUCCGUUCACGGUGCCUCGAAAGUCAGAGCUAUUCCAAGAUGACCUGUACCCAGACACGUCCAAGGACCAGGCAGCUCUUACUGCAGAGGAAUGGUUCAAUGGCAAGGAUGCCUGUCCCCUGAUGGUUUCUUUGAAAGAAAAGUUUCAGGCAAUGGAAGGAACUGUCCAGACUACUGCCAAGCCUAUACGUAAGGCUAAUAUCUUGGACAACUUGAAUUCAAUAACGCCACAAAAGGCCCCACCCGUGAAGGCAGCAGAGCGUCCAGCCCCUGCAGCAGCCCCUGCUCCAGCUCCAGCUCCCGCGCCUGAACCAACUCCAGCUCCUGCCCCUGUGAAAACCCCUCCUGUAUCAACCAGUGCUGCUCCACCACCCAAACAAGAAACAAAGCCUGCUGUCAGUGAUAAUGCAGCACCUGCAGCUUCCCUUCCUGCUGACAAUGGGAAAUUAUUGGGACUGGUAACAGCUCUCCAGGAGAAAGUGGAGGCACAGAAUGGUCUUAUUAGUGAACUACAGAAGAGAGUCGCAGCUCUGGAGGCGGCAGCUGUUCAGCAAGACGGGGACAAUUGAUAUCUCCAUAGUUACUAUUGUACAUAGACAGCCACUGGUGGCUAAAUCAUGUAUCAUACUUUCUGAUGCUGCAAUAAUGACCUAUCCGUAUUGAGGAAGGACUAUGUCCUCUAAAGACAGUUUAUCAAUGUACAGCAGUGAAAAUGACAAAAAUAUGCAAGGAUACAAAACACUGUAAAGCAUGUAGAACAAAGUGCUAUUCUGUACAGGUGUAACUUAUCAAAACUUCUCUCUCUCUAAUGUUUUCAACUGAAAAAUAUGUACAUUAUAUGUAGUAGUAGAAAUAUUCAACAAGGCAAAACAUACCUUUGUAACAUAGUGUAGAACUCUCAUUGAUUUUGUACCAUGCUUCUGUUAUCACAAAUUUUCCAUUUGGUAAUGAAAGUAGUGAUUGUAUGAUGAAGCAAUUGGCAAUGGUAGUGAGUAAUAAACUAAUGAUAAAGUGAUGAAUGGCUGUUCACUGUACAAACUGAUGUUUAGUGGAGUGUUGGCCACAUCAGUAUAUAUUUUGAUUGAGUUAACAGGCGUUACUGAAAAUGAUACUCGCUAUAUAAACCUUCUCUUGAUAAAUGUUCAAUUGAUGCUUAUUAUGUGUAUUUUACAGCAAAUGCUUAGCUUUUGUAGUAUAUGUUGAUUUUCAAAAAUUAUUUCCUAAAUCAGCAGAACAAAAGAAUUGUCAUUUCAGGAAUGUUGGUAUUUAGAUAAUUAUAUUUUGUAUUUUAUAGUAUAUAGCUAAAAACUGUAUGCAGAUUCCAGCUAAAUGCACAUAGCUAAAAUAUAUUGAUUGAAGCAAGUUGUGAUAUAUACAGAUUGUUAUAUCAGGAGGGACCAUUUCAAUGUCUAUGAUGAUUAUAAAAAAAGAAAGAAAUUUAAAUGUUUCUGAACUAUUGGAAAGUUUCAAGUGUGAUUUUAUCCCUCCCAGAACACACAAUACACUCUGAGAGUUGACCUCUGACCAAGUAGUGUACUAUUACCCUGAACUGACCUGGGACCUACACUAGCUAGAUACCAGCUCAAGUUCAAACUAACGGUAUUCUAACACAAUUGUCUUAGAGAUCAAACAUUCUUCCCUCUAAAUUUCACAUUUUAAUAGAUAACAAAAAUGAGAAUAUUUUUACCUUUACUGCUGAAAUCCAGAUUAUUUUUAGAUUUUUUUCCCCCUGUUCUAUGAGAUAAAUUUUUUGGAUGAAUAUUAAAAUUUGUGCAUCUGUGUUAUAAUAUUUGAGUUGCUGUUCUGUUGAUAUGAUACUGUAAAAUAAAAAGAAUAUCUGAACAAAGUUGAUCGGUUUACCAAGUCUACAAUCAUCAGACCUGAAAAGACAAGGAAAAAACAAUAGCUGAUAAUUCUGGUUAUAUCGGAGAACUAUUGAUUAGGUAAUGUAUCUUCCCCUGCCUCCACCAAUUCAUUGAAUAUAUAUUUAUGUAUAUUCCUUUACACAAUUUAAUGUGCUUAAUGUUUUUUGUACAUAACAGAAUUUUGCUGAUUGUAUUUUUAUGCAUUAACUUUCCAGUUUUGUUUUGGAAUAUUGCCGCUUUUUUUGUUGGCUGUUAUGGAUUUUUUUUUUUUUUUUUUGUCCGUAUUGUGAGAAGUGACAGUUCAGGGAUAUUACAGAGGUAACUCGUCUUACAUGCAUAGGAAGGUACUGCAUUACUGGUAGUCCAAAUACUAGACUUGCGAUUCUGGUUUUAAUGCUGCGAUAAUUGAUAAACUCUUUUAUUAGACACCAAGUUCUAGGUAAUGAGGGAUUUUGUUGAACCUGAAUACUAGGUUAUCGAGCUUAUUCAGUAGAGAUGAUAUUAGAUUUGUUUUAAUUUUGUUGUGAACUCGGGAUCAUCAGAUUUUAGAGAUAAUUUUUGUACACAAUGAUUGAUUGCAUUCUGAUUAAAACACCCUGUUUGAUUUAGGAUAUUGAAGGGCUACUGUAACAAAAACUACAUUGUAGAUAUCUACUUACCAAACACUAGAGCAUUUUAAACUUAACACUCUCUUCAACAUUUUUAUAAUAAUUUUUAUAUAUUCUAUAAGAAUGAUAUCCUGAAAUUUGAAUAUGGAAAAACUUUAUUCCGAUAUCCUGAAAUUCGAAUAUGAAAUUUAACCUUUUUUCCCCGAUAUCCUGAAAUUCGAAUAUGAAAUUGAACCUUUAUUAAAAUGAAUAAUUUUCCACUAGCCUACCUAAGCGUUGAAUGUUUAAUUUCAUGUACAUAUUGCACAUAAUGUAGAUUGGUUUGUAAACAUUUUCUCCCACAAUCAUAUAUUAUUAAAGGGCAUGUGACUAGUUUAUCAGAUGUUAUCACAAACAAAAAUAGUUACAAACAAUAUGCUGAUUACGUUGAACAUUUUUGCUGUGUAUAUUUCUUUCCAUGAGCUAAUAUGUAUAUCUGUAUAUUGUGUAGCUUGUAUAUUUAUCUGCAUAAACUUGAUUAACAUUAUAUUUUAUCAUUGUGUACUUUGUAGCUGCUAUGUAGUGAAAUUUUCACACAAGUACUUGUCUUAUUUCAGAAUUGUUUCCAGAACUUUUUUAUUGUAAAGUUGAAUAUUUAACUUAUUUUUCAUAGUAGAGUUAGAAACCUUUAUACUAUUUAGUGUUUAUAAAUGUUACUUGUUACAAAAAGUUUGCCGAGAUGUAAUGAUAACAAGGUUAUUUACUUUGAAUACUGAUAUUUUGAUAUAGGAUUUGGAUUCUAAAUUUAAAAAGAAAAAAGGUUUUGUUAUUUUUAACAUCCAAUCAUCCUAGCCCAAAAUAUGAUUUUUACACAAAAUAAGUAGAAACAUUAACAUAGUUAGUUUCAUUUUAUCUUUUUGUUUAAUUAUAAAAUUGUAAAAUUGAAUCACUGAAGGAUAAUUCAUUUGUCCUGUUAUCAUUACGUAAAGGAUCUUGAUUCUGGAAUCAGUUGAGAUGAGGGGUACUUGUAGCUUCCGGUCUGUACAUAUAGGCUUACAGCAGCGUCUGUUGAUAGAGAGCAUUCCACGUACGAACGAUUAAACUUGGUGCUGAGAGGAUAAGUGAGUUAAGUGCCCUUAAUCUCCUAAAUACAUAUUCAUUUAUUAUUGGGCCCUUUUUUUGAGAGAUGUGUGCUUGUUUAGUUGGAGGAUUUGGGCGGGACAUGUGUAUUAGCUUGGGUUUUAUUGGUAAUAUCUAGUUAAAAAUGAAUCCAAAUUAAAGCCAUCAUUUUGGAGAACUCAAAGAUAUAUCUUCAUUAAAGUUGUUUUAGUAGAAUAGUAAAUUAUUUGUAUCCCCAUGUUUUUCCACACUGUUGUAAGCUGUUUUAGCACCAACAUUAUUUAACAUCCAGCAAUGUUCCCAUAUUUGGCUGCUUUGUGUUUAUUAGAGACGUCAUUUGAUCAAACAAUUUGUUUGUCCAAAGCAUGCAAAUUAAGUUGUUUUGUUUACAUAGAAAUGAAUGGAUACAAAAGUGGUAAUUGUUAUUUCAAUUCAAGUUUAUUUUAUGAAAUCAUCAGGAAAACAUGUCAUUGUACUAAAACUGCUCAUAUACCUGUUAAUGAAGACACUGCUAUUGCACCUGAGCAACUAAUAUGUAAAUAUAGAUUUUGUUUAAGCGCUGAUCAUGAGAAUAAUGCCAAGUGUUGAAAAAGGAAUAGUUCAAUAACGCUAAGAUAUGUACAAUGUAUGUGUUGUUAAGACUACUACGCUGAGACAAAAAACAAUCCAGGUGGCACAAACCCUUUUUAUACUGCUGCAGCAUCAACAUGUAUUGGGAGGAUUUUCUGUCAAGAUUUAACAUCCUUUUCUCUUUAGAGAUAUAUACACUUGAUUUUACCACUAGUUUCCACAAAGAUGAAACAUUUACAAUCUGUAUAAAAAUAUUUACCUUUAAAUUUCAAAAUAUUUACCUUAUAUCAAACUGAUAAUUCUUUUGUGUCAGUUAAUUUGUUAACACACCUUAAUAAGUAAAUUAUGUAUAAGCUUUGGCACUUGUCAGAUUUACUCGAUAUUAAAGAUUUAAAUAUAUAACAAAUGAGAAUUGUUUCCAUUUUUUGUGCUGAUGACCUGUGCUGCCCUCUUUAGUGGCAAGUUUUCGGGUAUUAAAUUGUUAUAUAAUUCAAUUACAAACAUUAAUUUGCAGACUGAUUAUAAAUUGUUCAAUAAAUAUAUCUCUGUCUUAAGAUGCUCUUUCAAUAUUAAAAUACCACCAACUGGA